AUGUGCGCGACCUCCAUCAGCACUUCCGUCGAAAUCGGCCUGCGUUUUGUCGGGAUCUGGCCAGGUCUGUCGUACGGGAAUUUCUCUUGGUUCGCAUACAUGACAAGUCUGGUGGUCGCGUUGUACUUUCAAUAUGUAUAUAUCUUCGAGCACUUCGACAUCGACAACAUCUCGAAUCUCAUCGACGCGUUCAGCAUCACGCUGGCGUACAGUCUCGGGUUCCUCAAGCUCAUCUCUCUCUGGUCGAAUCGCAGGACAUUCUACGACAUUCUGCUGGCGAUGGACAGAGACUGGAGCGACGCGUCGACGGUCGGUCGCGACCGAUCGCUGCUGUGCAUCAUGAGGGAUAACGCCAGUCUGUCGCGACGUUGCUCCAACAUGUUGAUUAGCAUCAACGCCACCGCCGCGAUGUGUUACGCCAUUACCGGUCUGGUGCGGCAGUCGGGUGACUUUAAGGAGGAUCUCAACGUUAGCUCGAGAGAGCUCCCCAUCAAGAUGGAGUUCCCUUUCAAGGUUGACGCGUCUCCGCUCUUCGAGCUCUUGGUGGUCGGUCAAUGCCUCCACGAGGUGUCGAUCGCCGCUCUGGUCGCCACAAUGAACUCCUUGAUCGUCACGCUGGUACUUCACGUGAGCGGACAGAUCGACAUCCUGCGUCAAGAGUUGUCGAUGAUUCAUUACGACGCGUCUCGACCACGCGAGUCUAUCGUCGGUGGCAUAAGACUCCUGAUCGUCCGGCACCAGAGAAUAAUAACGCUCUCGGAUAACAUCGACGUGCUCUACUCGAACAUAGCGUUGAUGCAGUUCAUGUCGAAUACCGUGGUCAUUUGCUGCAUCGGCUUGACGAUCAUAGGCUCUCUCGCCAAGGUCGGCCUCUCCAUGGUGCUGAUGAAGACAGUUAUUUUUUACAUCGCCGUGACGCUGGAAGCCUUCAUCUUUUGUUUCGCAGGGGAAUACCUGAGCGCCAAGAGCAAAUCGAUCGGCGACGCGGCAUACGAGUCGCUCUGGUAUAAGAUGACACCUGCCGAGUGCCGUGUCCUAUUAUUUGUGAUAUUGAGGUCGCAGAAGAGACUGACGAUCACCGCCGGGAACGUCGUGGAUCUCUCCUUGGAAGGAUUUACAAGCGUAAGAAUUUUGUCUUACGAUUACGCGCCGUACAGACACGAUAAGCAGACCGGCCUGCGAGAGAAUGUUUGUUAA